AUGGCGUCGUCAGGAGGUCACCUCUUGGCCCAGAAGGCCAUGAGGCUGGCCAGAUUUGCGGUCGAGAAGACGGGCAAAUUCAUCCGUGACAAGAUCCCGCAGGCAGCCAAACCGCUCGAGGCCGACGCCCAGCCAGCCUACGUCCGUGUCUCUCAGCGUCAACCCCCGAACCGACUUGGUCAGAUCCGCCAAGCUCAAGGUCGCCUCUACAGCACGAAGGUCCAUGCGGCCGAUACCAUCAGACACUACUCGUCCCAAUCUGGCCCCAAAUCCCGCCAGACUCGGGCGUCGUAUCCUUCCUCACAGACGGCCUCGCGCGUCAAUCAGUCCAGCGGGCGUGCUCCCUUUGCAUCCACUCUGCGACCCAGUCUCACUGGGGGGACUUUGGCUCGUCAUGCCGGUGGAUACGGCCUAGGAGGCGGCCGAGUUGGUGGAGCCAGAUAUUUCUCCCAUACGCCUGCUGCACCCGCACAGGUGGUCACCAAUGUGUCGCAAGCCGUACGAGCCUUCUGGCUGUCUGGUCAGAAGGCCCGUUUCGAUGGCUCAGACCCUCGCACGGGAGAGAAGAGAUUCCGAUCGGUGUCCAGCCUGCAGGAGGAAGCCAGACACACAAUGGACAUGGCCUCCAGGACAGGCCCUGGUUCGUUCAUCGACUUCAAGGUCUCUCCCACAAUCACCGCCAUUGGUCCAUUGGCCAGUGUCCCUCGCUCCCCAUCUGCCUCUUCCUGCGACUAUGAGAUGCACCAAGAUACCUUGAACAACACCACACUCAUGUCCAACCUGUCGGUGGACUUUGCGCGAGCGUUGAAAGACCUUGCCGCCAUCAUGAAUGACCUCAAACGUCUAUCCACGCUCGGCGAUCUCCCCAUCUCGCUACAUGACAGUGUGACUCUCCGCGUCUGCUUCCCCGGCUGCGACGCAGAUACGGUGGAAGGUCUCUGCCGCGAAUUAAACAUCAAGCGCGGCAUAGUUGGCCAAGACGAGGACUUUGACACCCGCAACGGCACCGAGAUGGCUUUGCUCUUCCCCUUCGCUCCGAGCAAGCCUGGCAGUGAGGCAGGUCUCGAAGUGUGCGAGAGGCCAACCAAGCGCGUCAAGAAGGAUCAGGUGGAGUGGCAUGAGAUGCUUACACCUCCUCGACAUGCAUCUGCGGGAUUCUCACAUCUCUCGGCAACCAGCCAGUCCUUUGAUGCGUUCGACCUGACUGAUCCAGCUUUGGACAAGAAUCCAUGGAUGUCGUCCCCGUCAGGAUACUCGUCCCUGCACGAGAGUGACUUGCUGGAGACGGAUGAUCCUGUCACAUACUUCUUCCAGCCCCAGGCACCAGUGCGGGAGAGGUAUACCGAGCCCUCGGCUGCGGAAGGCGGUGGGUAUGAAGGACUACAAGGUAUUUACAGGUUCAUUGAGCAGUGUGAUCGGGCUAGGUCCUGA